AAUUCGAAGAUAUCCAAAAAAAACAUUGUCUUCUUCUUCGUCUUCCCCACUGUGUGUGUUUCUUCUUUUUCUUGGGAUCAGAUCUCUUUCUUUCGUCUUCAAUUCCAAUGGCGUCGUGUGUUGUUGCUCCUCUUUCUCUCUCUGGUGGGUCUCAAUCUCAUCAUGUGAAGGCUAAUGGAUUGUCUUCUACCACAAAGCUCAAUUCUAUCUGUAAACCUUCUGCAUUGUCAAUCCUGAAUAAAUCAAACCGGACUCUCAAGUUUUCUGUUUCUGCUGAGUACCGAGAUGGGAGUAGGAGUGGAAGCAGUGGUGAUUUCAUAGCUGGUUUUCUUCUAGGAGGUGCUGUGUUUGGCGCUGUUGCUUAUAUCUUUGCUCCACAGAUCCGGAGAUCGGUACUGAAUGAAGAAGAUGAGUAUGGUUUCAAGAAGCCGCAACAGCCAACGUAUUACGAUGAAGGUUUAGAGAAAACAAGAGAGACAUUGAAUGAGAAAAUAGGACAGCUUAAUUCGGCGAUUGACAAUGUUUCUUCGCGUUUAAGAGGUCGAGAAAAGAACACUUCUUCCCCCAAUGUACCGGUCGAAACUGACCCCGAAGUUGAAGCUACAACUUGAAGAAACAGAAAAAACAAACAAGUUUCAUCUGUAACCAGAGUUGAAAACCAUUCCUUAAGGAUUUGAUUUGGUGCUUCUUUGUUGCUUUUUGUGCUCUCUCAGUCUUCAUCAGUAGAACUCUUGCAAAGUGAAAUAUAUACGUCUUUUGUUUAGUGAAGUUAAA